UACACGCAGAUAGCGACGGAUACCGGUGCUCUAUAAAUACCUGCCGCUCGUCCCAAGUAACAAGCAUGGUAAUCAAAACCGCCAGAGACGACCCAAACAAAAUAAAUCAUCACAAUACAACACCAUGGCAGGCCAGCUCCCCCCUUUGAAGCGAUACAUCACAACCCACGACCCCGCCACUGGCAAGGCCGUCUACAGCACCGCAUUCCCCACAACCCUCGAGCCCGACACCUCCCUGCCAACCCUCAAGCUCUACAGCUGCUUUACAACAACAGGCUUCCCCGUCGACACCUCCGCCGACGCCGACCUCGAAGCCUACAGGCCCAACAUGGCCUCCAUGCCCUCCUUCGACCUGCCCAACGGCACCGUCUGCCGCGUCACCGAUUUCGCCCCGGGCACGCCCCCCAUCAUGCACCGCACCGUCAGCAUCGACUUUGGCGUCGUGCUCGAGGGCAAGGUCGAGGCGGUGCUCGACGGCGGGGAGACGCGGCUGCUGGAGAGGGGGGACGUGGUCGUGCAGCGGGGCACCAUGCAUGCGUGGAGGAACGCGAGCGAGACGGAGGUCGCGAGGAUGUUCUUCGUCCUGCAGCCUAUUAGGCCUAUUGUGGUACAAGGCGAGGAGCUUGGGGUUUAUGUUCCGGUACACGAGCUGUUUCCUGAUGGGGACGUCCCGGUGUCGACGGCUGUGACGGAGGGCUGAGGAACCAUGUAAAAGGGAAUCCUCCGACUUACCUGGGGUGAGUAUUUGGAGCACCUUGACGGAAGCAGUCGCUUGACGAUGCGGGCAGGACCAGGAUUAUCGUGGAGAAUAGCACCAGAGACCUUCAAACUAGACAGGCAAAAUGGGGGAUGACAGUGGCGGAACUACGCUACGGCUCUCACCGUCGAUACCGCGAAGAAAUCCUGCAUGUGAUCAAACUUCUAAACGUACGGGAUAAUAUUUAAACCCC